AUGCCCAUAAUCCAAGAACUCUGGAGACCAAGGCAGGAGAGUCCCGAGUUGGAAGCCAUCCUGGACCCUAUCUCAAAAACACCUGCAAAGAAAAAACGACUGUAUUGCCUUGAGAGGGAAAAUGUGCAGAAGAGGACUUUUACACGAUGGAUAAACCUACACCUCGAAAAGUGUGAUCCACCUCUAGAAGUUACAGACCUUUUCAUUGAUAUCCAAGAUGGCAAAAUCCUAAUGGCUUUGCUAGAAGUCCUCUCGGGACGAAAUCUGCUGCAUGAAUACAAAUCCUCAUCACAUCGUAUUUUUCGGUUGAACAACAUAGCAAAAGCACUUAAGUUUCUGGAAGAUAGCAAUGUCAAGCUGGUUAGCAUCGAUGCGGCAGAAAUUGCAGAUGGCAACCCCUCACUAGUCCUCGGGCUGAUAUGGAACAUCAUUCUAUUCUUCCAGAUAAAGGAGCUCACGGGCAACCUCAGCAGGGGCUCCCCAUCUUCCAGCUUGUCACCUGGCUCGGGGGGCACAGACUCCGACUCCUCCUACCCACCUACCCCUACCACGGAGAGGAAUGUGGCGGUAUCAGUGAAAGACCAGAGGAAAGCCAUCAAGACCAUGCUGGCAUGGGUGCAGAGGAAAACAAGGAAGUAUGGUGUGGCGGUCCAGGACUUCGCGGGCAGCUGGAGGAGCGGGCUGGCUUUCCUGGCUGUCAUCAAAGCCAUUGACCCCAGCCUGGUGGACAUGAAGCAGGCUCUGGAAGAUUCCACCCGGGAGAAUCUAGAGAAGGCCUUCAGCAUUGCACAUGAUACCCUACACAUUCCCAGGCUCCUGGAGCCCGAAGACAUCAUGGUUGACAUGCCGGAUGAACAGUCCAUUGUGACUUAUGUGGCCCAGUUUCUAGAACGCUUUCCGGAGUUGGAGCCCGAAGAGUUUGUGAAUCUAGACAGAGAAGCCCCCAUCGAGUCCACCUUUGUCCGAAUCAAAGAAAGCCCUUCUGAACAGGAGAGCCGAGUCCUCCUCCUCAGUGAGAAUGGGGAGCGGGCCUACACUGUCAAUCAUGAAACCAGCCACCCGCCACCUGCCAAAGUCUUUGUCUGUGAUGAGCCUGAGAAUGAGAAGGGCUUCUGUCUGGGUACUGUGCCCAGCCACAAGCUGUCGGAUAGCGCCACUGAGAUCAUGCACCAGAUCAUUGACCAAGUCCUCCAGGGGAGCCCAGGGAGAACUGGACCCACCAACGAGCCAGCUCCAGAAUCCUCCAUCUUAUCAACCAGAAAGGAUGGCCGGAGGUCCAACUCUUUGCCAAUUAAAAAAUCCGUCCACUUUGAGGCUGACUUGCACAGGGACGCCUCGUGUAGCAAAGACCCUUUCUACAGCUCAGACUUCCGCUUUGAGGGGAGCCCAAAAGUGGCAAAGGAGCUGUCAAAGCAGGAUGUCCCUGUCUCAUUGGUUGAGGUUGCCAAGGAAAAGAAGACAGAACAGGAAGCCAGGCCAACUGCCUCAGAGAAAGGCCCUGGAGACAUUGUUGGCGUGGAUGGCAUGCCCUAUCAUGGUCAGCCUCCACAGGACCCCUCAUUCUGUAAUGGCACUGUAGAGAGUCUGGCUAGCCACGGUGAGAAAGGCCCUUCUCCGCCAUCCCCUGGAGUUCAUACUAUCCUGGCCACCUCCACUGAGCUCAAGGUUCCACUGCUGACUGUUGAGCCUAUGGAUAAAGAUGACUAUUUUGAAGGCAUCCCACUGAAGGCUUCCAAGUUCAACAGGGACCUCGCAGAUUUUGCCUCCACCAGCCAGGCUUGUGGUGAGGAUACAUCAACCCAUGAGAAGACACCUGGGGAGGAAGAGGGUUUUGAGAAUUAUGCUGAGAAACUGGGGAAAAGGAAGUCAAAGUCUCCCCACGCAGAGACAGAGGCACCUGAAUCCCAAGAGGAGCCUGACAGCCACGAGCCUCCUCCCAAGGGCCCCGAACAAGAAGAUCCAGAGCAUCCUUUGCCCCCGGAAGAAACACCAGCAGAUAAGAAACCCGAAGUAUAUGAAAAGGCCAAGAGGAAGUCCACCCGGCACCGCAGCGAGGAAGGAGAAGCAGAAGGCCUCUCUGGAGUCAGCGGAGAAAUGCCAUCCAACCCCCCGAGUACCAGCGUCAGCCUGGAAACCCUCAGGAGUCACAGCGAGGAAGGGCUGGACUUCAAGCCUUCUCCACCACUCUCAAAGAUCUCCGUCAUCCCCCACGAUCUGUUCUAUUACCCACACUACGAGGUGCCCCUGGCCGCCGUGCUGGAGGCUUAUGCGGAAGGUGGGGAGGAUUUGAAAGGCGAAGACAUAGAACUCGAGGAGGUAGAAGAAGGCUUUCUGCAGGACUCCAGGGAGGAGGAGGAGGAGGAGGCCCACAGCUCCCAAAGCAGCUGCAGUUUCUCCUUGCCCGUCGACAACGGCCAGCCCAGCGUCGGUGACCAGGAGUCCCAUGUUGAUGGGAAUUCUGAGGGGCCCACAACAGCCUCAGGACCUGGUUCCCCAUCCUCCCACGAGAACCACCAACAGAGGGAAACCAAAGAGAAUGGCCCUGUGGAGAGCCAGCAGCCCCAAGAACCCCUAAACCCGGAACUCCCCACAAAGCCAUUACAAGAAAAGUCAAUGGGAGCCUCAACUAGCAGUAAAAAGAAAGAAAAAAGGAAACAUGUGGACCAAGUAGAAAACUCAUUAUUUAUAGCCCCUGGGACUGUCCGAUCCUCAGAUGACCUGGAAGAAAACCCCUGUGAACACAAGAUCCCUUCCAGGAAUAGCCACAGUGACUCCAGCAUUUACAUUCGGCGACAUGCUAAUAGGUCUUUGGAAUUGGACCAUUUUAGCUAUGUUCAAUUGAGGAACGCAGCCGAUCUGGAUGAGAGGAGAAACAGAGUGUUAAACAGGUACAAUUCUCAGAAGCUCACUGAGCUGAUUUUACAGUUUUACGGCAUCAGAGCAGACAUGAAGCGGGAAUUCAAACAUGCCAGGCUGUCUAUGAAUGGCACCAACUCCUCUGGAGAAGCUGUGCCCCUGGGGAGCCAGAGCCCAGCCAGCGAUUCCCUGACACAGUUCGUCCAGCAGCCCGACGUGUUCUACUUCAUCCUUUUCCUGUGGCUCCUGGUCUACUGCCUGCUGCUCUUCCCUCAGCUUGAUGUCAGCCGGCUCUGAAAUGUGUGUCUGGAGAA